UCCCUAACGAGGAUAUCAUAAACACAACAAACACAGCUCAGAGCUCAGAAACUGAAUCAUAUAAAGAAUCACCUAUAGAUCUUGAAGAUGCCUGCAAAAGCAAUGAGAAGCCUCUUCUUUCACCCAAAAGCACCAUCCUUUUCAUUUUCAUCUCACUCUUCCCCAUCAAGAAGCUCAAUUUCAUCUCCAACCCCACAGCGCAGCAGUAGCGCCGCUUCUAAUGUCUCGGAGACGAUGGUGGACGAGGUCUUGGGAAACGGAGCGGUUGUUAUCAUGAAGUGGAACCCUGACUCUUCUGCAUUCGGGAAACUCACUUCCUUAUUCCAUGAGUGCAAAAAGGAAGCUCAACAAUUUAUCAAGUGCGUAAAUGACCUCCAGAGAGUCAUGCAUUUCUUGGUGUCAAAUGAUCCCACCUCCGAGAAGCUCGUUCACGCCCAGAGUCUCAUGCAGGUCGCCAUGAAAAGGUUACAGAAGGAGUUUUAUCAGAUUCACUCCAUGAACCGAGCUCACUUGGACCCAGAAUCAGUUUCGACCCGGUCCAGGUCUUCCAACGCAGCUUCCAGCACGUCGGAUGACGACAUCGACGACGGAGAAGACACUGAUUUAGCCGGAGAUUCCAUCUCCGAAGUGGAACAAGUGUCUUUCAUGGCCAUGACUGACCUCAAGUCCAUAGCAGAAUGCAUGAUCUCCUCCGGUUACGCAAAGGAGUGUGUUUACAUUUAUAACAUGAUCAGAAAAUCAAUUAUAGACGAGGCUUUGUAUAAGCUGGGAGUGGAGAAAUUUUCCUCAUCUCAGAUCAAUAAGAUGGAUAGGGAAAUUCUCGAGCUCAAACUCAAGAGCUGGCUGAAUGCGGUGAAGUUGUCUAUGACAACGCUCUUUAACGGAGAGCGAAUCCUCUGCGAUCACGUUUUCGCAGUCUCAAAAUCCAUCAGAGAGUCUUGCUUCGCUCAUAUAGCCCGAGGAGCUGCCACUCUUCUCUUCAGCUUCCCUCAAGUACUCGUUGCCAAGCCAAAGAAGAAAUAUUCAGAAGAAAACAUCUUCCGCCUUCUCGAUAUGUACACCGCAAUCUCAGAACUCUGGCCGGAGAUAGAAUCCAUCUUCGGUUUUGAGUCAACCGCCACAGUUCGGUCUGAAGCGCUCAACUCGCUCGUCCGACUCGGAGAGCUGGUUCGCUCAAUGCUUUCCGAAUUUGAGACCUCUGUUCAGAAAGACUCUUCAAAAUCCCCGGUUGCCGGCGGCGGAGUCCAUCCUCUGACUCUCCGUGUGAUGAGUUACCUUUCUCUCCUCACCGAUUACAGCAACGUCCUGGCCGACAUUUUCAUAGAUUGGACACCACCGGAGAAGCUUCCGUCGCCAGAGUGGACAGACUCGUCGGUGUCGGCUGAAUCUCUCCGUAUGGUGUGGUUCAUACUUGUGCUUGUUUGCAAGCUCGAUGAGAAAGCCAAACAAUAUAAGGAAGUGUCUCUAUCGUACCUCUUCCUCGCAAACAAUCUGCAACACGUAAUCUCUAUAGUUCGUACUUCAAACCUUCAGUACCUUCUCGGCGAGGAGUGGAUUUCGAAGCACGAAUCGAAGGUUCAACAGUUUGCGGCGAACUACGAGCGGUUAGCUUGGGGGGCCGUGCUCUCAUCGUUGCCUGAAAUUAUAUCAGUGGAGAUGUCAUCACAGGAAGCAAGGUUGAUAUUCCGCAACUUCAAUUUCAGUCUCGAGGAAACUUAUCAGAAACAGAAGUUGAAUGUGGUAGCUGAUGCAAAGCUCCGAGACGAAAUCAAGGCGUCUGUAACGAAGAAGAUUGUGUCGGUUUACAAGGAGUUCUACGAUAAGCAUAAGGUUUCGGUUAGUAGUGUGGGAAAUGCUGCAAUCUAUGCCAGAUUUACUCCGGAAGAUGUUGCAAAUUACUUAUCAAACUUGUAUUAAGGGAGUAAUCGACGGAUCCUCUUUUUUUUCUUUUUCUUUUUUCCGGAGAAGUUUUGUAUCUAAUUGCAUGCCGGUAUAUACAGAUCGAUGCAUAGGGGAAAAUUAAAUGAUUGUUGUCAACAAUAGAGUAUUGAAGAUCGGACUUAAGUACGUACUGUGUUUUUAAUGACUGACAAUCUUUCUUGUAUGGGCACCUAGUUGAAAUUCGAUCUCAACACUGCAUAUAUAGGCCAACUUGAUAUAGAAAUUAGCUCUCAUGCAAUAAUAGGUUGCGCAAUUACUUGAAGAACAUAGCCAAGUACAUUUACUUCGCAAGUGGGGAUAACUUACGUAUCCAAGAAAAGAGAGUAAUGGGAACAACUGAUAUGCUAUAUCUUGAGAUCGAGUCUACAAAUAAUAUUUACCUAUUUCGAUCGAUCAAAUGGAGAAAAAAUUAUGUAAGACUAUGUCUUGUUACUCUUGUGUAUUAUUCGAAGAGCCAAAACAAGAUGGAGUCGUCUAUAAUACUUUGAUGUAAA